UCUGGUCGCGGUAAAGGAAAGGCAAAGGGCACCAAGUCCAAAAGCCGAUCAUCCCGAGCAGGACUUCAGUUCCCUGUUGGACGUAUCCACCGUCUUCUUCGCAAAGGCAACUAUGCUGAGCGUGUUGGCGCCGGUGCCCCAGUCUACUUGGCUGCGGUGCUCGAGUAUUUGAGCGCUGAGAUCCUCGAGUUGGCGGGCAAUGCUGCUCGUGACAACAAGAAGACCAGAAUCAUUCCUCGUCACCUCCAGCUUGCUGUCCGCAACGACGAAGAGUUGAACAAACUGCUUGCCGGUGUCACCAUCGCUCAAGGAGGUGUUCUGCCCAACAUCCAGGCUGUUCUUCUGCCCAAGAAGACCGAGAAGAAAUCAAAAGCCUAAACAGUCCUACGCGGCGUUAAAACAAACGGCUCCUUUAGGAGCCACCACAUAAUAAAAGUCAUAACCAUGAAGAGACAAAUAUAUCAACCAAUUUGUAGAUUUUUUUCUUCUUUGAAUAAGUCAGUGAAACCAGAAAGUAACCCCUGAUUCAGCUUGCAUGAUAAUCCUUAUAACUUACGGUUUAAAAUCCAUUAAUCAAAAGAGAAAGCUUUUAUGGCUUUACUGGGUGUUCCGUUCUACAGAAGAAUUCACCAAAUAAAUGUUCUGGGCCGAGUUUAGGCGUUGAUUAGUGCGUGGUGUGUCGGGUACUUUACUCCCCGGCAGAAGGCGAAAAUAAACUUCCCACGAAACGGCCACAUUUUGACAAUUUAGGUGAACUAUGUAUAAGAUCACUAAAAUAUGUGAGAUAAAUAUAAAUAUUAAAGUUCGAAUAUGUGCAUCUAAUGAUGGUGGGUUUUCCGAACUGUUUACAUCAAAUGCAAAUCUGUUCAGUUGAUAACGACGCCGGCGCGCAAUUUGCUUCAUGCCUCAACGAGCGUCCGUUAUACAGUUGAUUGCUUUGGGGCAAGAAUGCAUGUUUGCUAGAACCUCUACAACAUCGUACAAAAAUAGAAAAUAGAUUACUGACUGUCUUUUUUUCAACGGGAAACCCCACGCGCGGUGUACAUUAAAUACGAGAGUAAUAUCACUUUAUUGGCUAUGACUUUUAAAGAUUUGGUGGCUCCUAAAAGAGCCGUUUGUUUGGGUGGGUAACGCAAAGAUCUAACCGCCAAAUCCGUACAGAGUACGUCCUUGACGUUUGAGAGCGUACACCACAUCCAUGGCUGUCACAGUCUUGCGUUUAGCGUGCUCAGUGUAGGUAACAGCAUCACGGAUCACAUUCUCAAGGAAAACUUUGAGAACACCACGAGUCUCUUCGUAGAUCAGGCCAGAGAUUCGCUUGACACCGCCACGGCGAGCAAGACGACGGAUAGCUGGCUUGGUGAUGCCUUGGAUGUUGUCACGAAGAAUUUUUCGGUGACGCUUGGCGCCUCCUUUUCCUAGACCUUUGCCUCCUUUACCGCGACCAGACAUGUUGAUGAUCUUUCGUGAAACAGAAUAAUGACUCAAAAAUUGAGACUUAUUCUUUUUAUACCACAAACAAUGACCUCACCGGAAACAGGCUAAAAGAAGUGUAAUUAGUUGUUCGCCAUUGGUGGAUAGAAACAAAAGAGCCAUGGGGUCAAGAUAAUCAUUACCAUCAUGUUACCUCACCAGACAAGACCGAACACGUUAGAGGAGCAAAAAAUUGACAUUAUCACUAAGAAACGUGCAACUUAACUCCUCAACGGAUUUUAUGAUGAUAUUUUCUAUCAACUAAGAACGAAAGCUAACAAAUAUUUGUUUCCAACGAAUGAAAAAACCUUAAGUGGCAUGCUGGAUCGAAGAGCAAGCCCAGACCAAUUUCAUUUUUAGAAGCAGUCUCGGUUAUCCAAUGAAAUUGCAUAGUUUGUAACCAAUCAGGAAAUAGCCCGCUAAGAAUAAAAUAUUAGGGAUUACUGUCGAAAAAUUAUUCGUUGACUUUUGAGUUAGCAGGAAUGGCACGUACAAAGCAAACUGCCCGUAAAUCAACUGGUGGAAAAGCUCCACGAAAACAGCUCGCCACAAAGGCAGCUCGUAAGAGCGCGCCUGCCACUGGAGGAGUCAAGAAACCUCAUCGUUACAGGCCUGGUACAGUGGCUCUUCGUGAAAUCCGUCGUUACCAGAAGUCCACCGAGCUGCUAAUCCGCAAGCUGCCCUUCCAACGUCUUGUGCGAGAAAUCGCUCAAGACUUCAAGACCGAUCUGCGUUUCCAGAGCUCUGCUGUGAUGGCUCUUCAAGAAGCAAGCGAGGCUUAUCUCGUUGGUCUGUUUGAAGACACCAACUUGUGCGCCAUCCACGCCAAGCGU